CUGAGACGGGCGGGGGCGCGCUCGCCUGCGGGUAGCCGAGCUGCUGCUGCGGCCGGGGGGGGUUGGCAGGCAGGGCCUCCCGGUGCGGCUCCACCGUGGGGACGCAGGGCCCCUUGGUACCAUUCUGCGCUGGAGCCGCACGGUCCGUGGUGGGGACGGGGACCUCUCCCAGUGCCGCUCCGUGCUGGGAGCAAAAGGCUUUCUAGGGCACUGGGGAAACUGAGGCGGAGAGCCCUGGCUUCUCCAAGAAUGCCCAGCAGGGCAGUGGUGGCGCAGAAACUGGAACCCAGGUCGCCUGAGACCCAGCCCAGCAGCAUUUUGGCCCUAGUGAUCAACAGAGAUCGAUGAGAGGGGGAGCUCUCCAGGGAGGAGGUGACUGUAACCCCUUUUUGGUCCCAUCCCGAUCGCAGAGGAAGACGGAUCUCUGCCCUGGGAAGUUCACAGCCUAAUCAGACCACAGGGUGGCAGGACAUUCCCUUAAAGCUCUGCCCCCUUUCAGAAAAAAAAAAUUUACCCAAGCCUCCCUGUGAACAGAAAAUCUGAAGUAACCAACAGAGCAGCAUUUACCCCUAAGGGGUAGGAGGGUGGACUUGGGGUAACUGCUGCCUGUCUUUUGGGAACCCCACGAGAAGGGCCUUGGCCUGACUUUCAAAGGCACUGCGUGCUCACUGCUGCUGCUGACUUCCAUAGUAGAGAGACAAGUUGGAAAACCAGUGAAUGAUUUAUAACAUUCCUCAAUUUGAAAAGCCCCACUGGUGAAGAAAUGGCAAAUCCAGUACUGCAUUAUCUGUGCCAAGUUUGCAAAAUAGAUUUCUCAAAGUACAGAGGUCAAUCUUAUGACAAUGCUGCCAACACGUCAGGGCGUUAUCAAGGAAUGCAGAAAAAGCUUUUAGAACAGAACAAAUAUGCCAUAUGCUGCACACUCUCUCAAUCUUGUUGGCCGCAGUGCUGUUGAUUGUUACCCGGUGGCAGUAAGUUUUUUCUCAACAGUCCAGUUUGUACAUUUUUCUCUGCCUCAACACACCGAUGGGCAGUUCUUAAAACAUAUUUGGGCAAUGACUGUGUGUUGAAAUCUCUUUCUAAUACUCGCUGGGAGGCACAUGCAGUGGCAACAAGUGCAAUUCUGGAGUCCUACUCAAAGAUUGUGGAUGCAUUAGCAAGUAUAGCUGAAGAUCAGUCACAAAAGGGAGAAACUAUCUGCGAAGCAGGAAACAUUGCAAACAAGAUGCAACAACUAGAGUUUGUAUUCAUGUUGACCAUGUGGAAUGAAAUUUUACAACACUUUUACCACACAAGUCAAGCUCUCCAAGAAAAAGAAUUGGCUUUGCAAACGUGCAGACCUCUGUCAACCAUUAGCAGACCACUUACACACUUUGAGGAAUGAUUUCGAAAGAUUUGAAGACCUAUCGAAAGAUAUCUUGCCUGAUACUAACUACAAAGAAGCCUAGUCCCGCAAGCGAAUUAGGAAAAAACAAGCAAAUGAUAGCAGAGCAACAGAAACAGCAUUGAAUCCUAGAGACAAAUUUCGCGUAUCUACUUACUAUGCUAUAAUUGAUACACUUGAAGUUCAUAUGAAGAGGAGAGUAGCAUCAAGAGGCUCCGACCGAGAUGUGGGCCCCCAGCAUGCCAGGCAGACAAUCCCUGAGAAGAGCUCACACUUAGAGGAGGAUGGAAGGGGGAAACUAAGGCACAGAAAGAGCAAACAGACAGGACCUUCUGUCCAACGGUUGGGGCAACCCUGGGGAAGGAUUGGAAGGACUUUGAUCUACUAGUGCCCCAGAAAACUGAUGGUGACCUCUGGUCAAACGAUAUUGUACAAGAACAGCACAAUCUACCCCAUUUGAAAAAAGCAGGAGCUGUCCAUCAAGACAUUUGUAAGUUUGGUGGGUAAGAUAUACAGUUAUUAUUUGCAUAGCAUCAACUACAGGCAAGGCACUUGUACCACUGCAUUUAGCCAUUCCCUUUAUUGGCACUUUAGGGAACAAGAAAAUCACAUCUAAAGAGAGUUAAGGUAACCGAGGAGUCCUGGCAGAAACGAGGGAAGGUGGAAGGGUGCGAGAAAGAGGGAGGGAGGGACAGGCACAAUUGGACAAGAAGAGGGACUCAUGGAGAAACAGAGAAGAGAGAAAAGGAGUACUUGUGGCACCUUAGAGACUAACAAAUUUAUUUGAGCAUAAGCUUUUGUGAGCUACAGCACUCUAAGAUGCCACAAGUCCUCCUUUUCUUUCUGUGGAUACAGACUAAAACGGCUGCUACUCUGAAACCAGAGAAGAGAGAGUUUGACAGGUGGGUUGGAAAUUGUUAGACAGUGGAAAGAUCUCACAUGUCUCAGAAAUUCCUGGAGAUUUUAUUUAGCUCAGCAGUUCUUACAGUAUCACACCCAGUGCCAAGAGAGGAAAGUCUCACGCCCUUAUGUGGGCAUAGGGUGACCAGAUAGCAAGUGUGAAAAGUUGGGACACUUUUUUUUUUUUUGGUGAGGUGGGUAUAGUUGCAUAUAUAAAACAAAGCCCCUAAUGCCAGGAUGUCUGGUCACCCUAUGUGGAUGUGACAGAACAUAUCUUUUGAAGGCAGGGGAAUGGUGUGUAAAGAUCCCACUACAAGACAACACUAGGAAUAACCCCCUCUAGUGGCUUCAGGUGGCACAGGCAUAAAUCAUGAGUUAUCUCUUGGCCUGGCUGGCUGUACAAGUGCUGGCAAAGUCCAGAGAGUACAGAAGCCUUGGGUCUCCGCACACAUAGGAAUGGGUUUAUGCAGGACAUCUUCCAGAACAUUCAGGAGACAGCAUCUGCCCUGAGGUGUUCACAGUCUGACAUCAGCAAAAUUGCAGGGUGGCAAUCAGGGUACAGGAGAGCUCAGAAUGUUGGGGACACUGGGGCAUGGCCACUAGGUAACUCGAGGGGAUGGAAGACCACGAGUGUCGAUGAAGCCCCCUCGCACUAGGCCCAAGUGUCCUUGGCCCCCCCCACCUGGAGGCACUCGCAGCAGUUAUGCUGAGGAUCUGCAACAAUAUGUUGCAGAGUCAGACUGCCUGAAACUAAACAAGGCCAAACAGGGCAGAUAUAGAAGAACAAUGCUGAAUAAAGCAGCUUUAUGAAUAGUUUAAUAAAUGAUACAAAAAACAAGGGAACUAGCUGGGAACUGGAUUGGCUGGCUAUAUGGAUACUUAGGGCAGCUUGCUAUUGGAUAGGUAUGCUGGGAAAAAGGAUGUAUAAAAGCCUGUGUAACUUCCUGCUCUGGGUGCAGGAUUUGAGAUUCUAUUCUCCCUGGACCUUGUUUGCAGCUGCAAAUAAACUUUUCUGCUUCUCCACCCCGUUGUGAUUAUUGGGUGACGCACACCGGGUAGCGAACCCCACCCUGCUGUUGUUUUGCCUCUUGGCACUGGGUGCCGGCAACAGCUUUUGGCGUCCCUGGGUGGGCGAUGAGGCUGCUAUUUAGCCUUGCCUGGACUCCUCCUGGAGGUCGAGGAUUGCGGCGAGAACCGACGCCCACUGCGCACCGGUGAGUUCAUCGGGGACCUCGGAGGAGGCGCGAUUUGAUCAACCCUGGAGGGUACAACAGUGCAACGCACUCAUAUAGUGGAGAAGCAGCUGUGGGCACCGGUGAGGAACCGGUCCCUUGGACAUAGGGGAGGAGCAGCUGCAGGCGACGGUGAGGAACUGGUCCCUUGGAUGAGGUAGGAAGGAACCUUUUGAAAUCCGGAUUGUAUGCUCUGUUGGAACUGGGGACGCCCAGAGUUACCCUGUAGGUAUGGGUCAGGGACAGAGCUCGGGGGUUAGGGCACAGUGUAUGCCCCUAGAAUGCAUUCUAGCAAAUUGGAAGGUAUUUGGUGCGGAUCCCAUGACUAAGAGCCAAUUAAAACGAUUCUGUACAGAUGACUGGCCUCAAUAUCAACUAGAGGACCAGGAGUGGUGGCCACCAGGAGGGUCAAUUAAUUACAACACGAUCCUCCAAUUAGUUUUGUUUUGUCAGUGAAUGGGUAAAUGGAAUGAACAUUUGUAUGCACAAGCAUUUAUGGCUUUAAGAAACAGAACAGAGCUGUAAUUCUGCAAAGCUGUAAUCUGACUCCGACUGGUUCGGUAGUAGCUAAUGUUAGUCCCCAGACCCCCACCCCCACUGUAAUGGCAGAGCCGGUGUCCCCUUCGGCCCCCACACCCCCACCUUAUAAGGGUAGGAUGCCUCGGGUUACAGAGAUUGCCCCCUCAGUGGGACUCUAUCCUUUGAUUACCGAGACUGUUGUGGCUUGCCCAGGGGCAGACGGACGUCAGGCUACCACUGUGCAAGUUUACACCCAUGUGCCAUUCAAUCCAAUAGACCUAGCAGCUUUUAAAACACAGGCUGGGGAAUUCUCCAUGAACCCAAGCAGGUUUAUUUCAGUCUUUGAGGGGUGCCUCAGUAGUCACAAGCCGGAUUGAGACGACUGUAAUAUCCUCCUGAGAACCCUGUUGUCUGAGGUAGAGCGGAAUCAGGUUACAGCUAAGGCAAGGGGAGCUUCAGCUUUCAAGCGGAAAAAAAAAAAAAAAAGAAAGGAAGCUAUCUGUCAAGUUCCUACCCCAAGUAAUCGUAAGCGGCUCAGGGCAUUUCUGGGUAUGGCAGUCUUUUGCAGGAUAUGGAUCCCAGAGUUUGGACUGUGGGCUAAACCCCUGUACGACUGUGUAAAAGGAGCAGAUCAUGACCCCUUCUAUUGGACCCCAGAGGCUGACAGGGCAUUUAAAAUCUUGAAAAGGAAGUUGAUGGAAGCCCCGGCUCUGGGCCUGCCGGAUCUCUCUAAGCCGUUUCAGUUGUAUGUACAUGAACGAAAGGGGGUGGCCUUAGGAGUGCUCACACAGCUGUUAGGAGCAUGGAGACGUCCCGUGGCUUAUUUUUCUAAGCAACUGGAUCAGGUUGCAAAGAGUUGGCUGGCAUGUUUACGGGCGGUCGCAGCUACUGCCCUAGUGCUUGAGAAAGCCAAGAAGCUAACAUUGGGAGGAGUUAUGCAAAUCUAUACUCCCCAUAUGGUCCGAGCCUUAUUGGAUGCAAAGGGAGGGCUUUGGCUCAUCCAGGCUCGGAUUGCUCAGUACCAGGCUAAGCUGUUAGAGAACUCUGAAGUCACCUUACAGCCUUGCCCCUCCCUUAACCCAGCCACCCUCUUGCCAGAAACAGAGGAACAAAAACAUGACUGUUUAGAGAUCAUAGAUGCCCAGUACUCCAGCCGUCCGGAUUUAAAGGAUGUACCCCUCCCAAAUGCAGAUUAUGGGUGGUACACUGAUGGUAGCAGUACUGUAAUAGAUGGGCAAAGGAGGGCGGGUUAUGCGGUUGUGACCCUCCAUGACAUUGUGGAAGCUGAAGGUUUUCCUGCUGGGACUUCUACCCAGCUUGCCAAACUAAUAGCCCUGACCCGUGCACUUGAACGGUCAAAAGGAAAGCGGGUCAACAUUUUUACUGAUUCAAAGUAUGCUUUUGGUAUGCUACAUGCUCAUGCUGGCCUAUGGAAGCAAAGGGGAAUGCUGUCAGCCCAAGGCUCCCCAGUCAAGUAUGGGCCCCAAAUCCUCUGGCUCAUAGAAGCCGUACAACUCCCCUCGGAAGUGGCGGUGGUACACUGUAAAGACUAUCGAAGGGAAGAUCAAGAUGUGGCCAGAGGUAACGCCCGGGCAGAUAGAGAGGCUAAGCAUGCUGCCACCCUGCCAUCCUCUCAGACUGAGAACGCCCAUAUGCAUGCCCUUAUCCCAUCAGUAGGGGAGCUUCCAACCCCUCAGUACUCUGGGGAGGAGAGACAGCUAACUGACAAACUCGGUCUCUGGGAAAAGGAGGGAUGGCUCCAUUCCCCGGAAGGGAAGGUCCUCUUACCAAAGGGCCUGAUCCAGCUGGUGCUGCAGAAACUACAUCAAACCACUCAUGCUGGCAGGGAAGCACUUAUCCAACUAAUGGGAAAAUAUUUUAUCACUUCCGGACUCCGACCCCUGGCUGCCCAGGUACAAGCGGACUGCUUAGUCUGCCAAAAGAAUAACCCCCGACCGGGACAUCCUGUGCCACCAGCUGCCCUAGAACCCACUCCGGGCCCCGGACAAGUGUAGCAAAUAGACUUUACUGAGUUUCCCCGGACCCAAGAGUUCAAACAUCUCCUUGUCAUAGUGGAUCGGUUCAGCGGAUGGCCAGAAGCCUUCCGAUGCCAUAACUGCACUGCCAGAACAGUGGCCCUCAAGUUUGUUAAGGAGAUCAUUCCUCGCUUUGGACUCCCCCUGUGGAUGGAAUCUGACAACGGGACACACUUCACUUCAAAAAUUAUCCAAAGCAUCUCACAUGCCUUACAGAUCCCCUGGAAACUCCAUACGCCCUGGAGACUGCAAGCCAGUGGGGUAGUGGAGCGUACCAAUCAGACCCUUAAACGGCAUCUCUCAAAAGUGUGCCAGGAAGCCUCACUGCGAUGGCCUGAUGCUUUGCCCCUCGUCCUACUUCGUAUUUGUUCUCCCAAAGAGUAGAUUAGGGCUCAGUCCCUUUGAAAUUAUGUUUGGAAGGGCAUGGCCUAUGAAUGGCACCCCGGUUCUGUCAGGGGAAUGGGAGUUGGGUAAUGGUUUUUUGUCACAGUGUAUGUGUUCCCUGUCUGCUGUUCUCUUGUCUCUUCACAGGUAUACGAAGGAUUCCCAGCCUCUCCCCUUGGACUCUCCCGUCCACUCCUUACAGCCCGGUGACUCCGUACUUGUUCGUACCUGGAAAGACGAGCCUCUCCAGGAAAGGUGGAAAGGACCCUAUACCGUCCUGCUGAUCUCCCAUACAGCGGCAAAGAUCGAGGGACACAAGAACUGGAUCCAUCACUCUCAUCUGAAGGCAGUACCCGCCCCCUCGUCAGCAGAACAGUGGACCGUCCAACCUGCUGACUCCUCAUCUAGUGACGAUCUCGGGCUAAAGCUACUGUUUAAAGGACACAAAUAGCGGGCACCUUAAUGCUAAAAUGGGCCCACCCAGGUACUGGAGACCCUGGGUUGGGAAGACUCUGGUGAUAAUUAAUUGGGUAACAUUGUUAUUCUCUGUAUUGGUAUUUCCAAACUGUGCAUAUCGGGACAUAACUCCUUUGUUUUGCUUGCGCACCAUGUUGCUACUUUAACAAACUAGACUGAUUGCUGGGUAUGUGCUCCAACUCCACUGCCCCCCAAAACGGGAAUGCCCCUUGACGUACUUCCCCUGACCUUAGCAGAAUUAGCCGCCACCAAAGAGCAGAAAAGAACGGACUCGCCGUUCUGAAAUAAGACCUCUUUACAGCAAGCCACCUAUAGGACCAGGAGUAUUCAGUUGCAGUACUCACUGAGGGAGUGUUAUGUUUUACGCAAAACCAGUCUGAUCACUAUGGGUGUCCUGUGGGAAACAGGUCCUGUGUUAUUACACAGUGGGCUGAGGGGUAUUGGAUAAAGACCAAAAGGGGAGGCCAGCAGUGUGGGUGUAAUGGUUCCUCCCCUUUUAGGGAAACUCUUACAAAUAAUCUUACCACAAAAGAAAGGUUUGGAAAUAUAACUUGCCGUCCAGUUAAUAUCUCCAACGUAGCAAGCCAAUGGUGGGUUUGUAGUGGUCCCUAUGGCGAGUGUAAUUUGAACGGCACAAUUAGAAAUGCCCCCACUUGUACCCAAUCAGGAGGAUGGGAUGCCCCCUUAGGGGCAUAUGAACUGUUUGGAAAAGCAGCCUUAAAUAUCCCAGGAAUCCCCUUAAGAAACAGUCCUUACUGGGCCCUACAGGGUCACUAUUUUGUAUGUGGCUGAAAGGCUUACAAGGUGCUGCCAGCCAACUGGACAGGUAGCUGUUAUAUACCUCAUGGAGUUCCUCAUCUGUCCAUAACUGCCACAUUGCCCAAAGGAAAGAUUAGAAAUGCCCAAGACACUUCUGUUGAGUCACGAGAAAAGACCCUGCGGCGACUGACUACGGCAUUGGAGGGCAAUAUGAAAAGUUCCCUCACAACCGAGAAGCUUAUAGGGUGCUCUGUACUGGGAAUAGUGCCACUGUUUACCAGGCCAGCCAUGGCAUGCAUAGGCCGCUAUACUGUAAGGCUGCAAAUGGUACUUGAGAAAGUGGCCUUAGAGUUAGAGGACUCGGUUAGUGAUUUAGGAUCAGCAGUAAAAACAUUAAAUAAAGAGGUACAGCAGCUCAGGACCUUUUCCCUCCAAAACAGGCUGGCUUUGGACUAUCUCUUGGCAUCCCAAGGAGGGGUUUGUGCCCUCGUCGGGCCCCGAUGUUGUGUAUAUGUAAAUGAUAGCAGUUAUGAGAUCUAUGAAAAGGUGGUACAGGCUGAGGCCCAUGCCCGAGCCGAAGCACAGGUUGCCUAUACUGCCCCAGAGAACAAUUGGUUGCAAACCUUGUUUUCAGGCUGGGGUUUGUCGUUUUGGCUUGGUGGUUUAUUUAGCCUGUUAUUGAAACUUCUCUUUCCUGUAUUGCUUGUAUUAAUGGUAUUAUGCUGUGCAGUAUCAUAUGUCAGGGCCCUUUUGCAAAAGUUAAUAAGUCAUUCUCUUCAGGGCUAUCACAAAGUGCCUAUGCAAAGUCCUACUGUAAAGAAAUAAAUAGCCCAAGUGAAAAAACUCAGAGCCAAGGCUGUUGAGUGUUCUCAAAGGAGGGAGUUGUUGAGGACACUGGGGAUGGCCACUAGGUAACUCGUGGGGAUGGAAGACCACGAGUGUCAAUGAAGCCCCCUCACACUAGGCCCAAGUGUUCUUGCCCCCCCUGCCUGGAGGCACUUGCAGCAGCUCUGCGUACUAGGCCCCCCCCACCUGGAGGCACUUGCAGCAGUUAUGCUGAGGAUCGGCAACAAUAUAUUGCAGAGUCAGACUGCCUGAAACUAAACAAGGCCAAACAGGGCAGAUAUGGAAGAACAAUGCUGAAUGAAGCAGCUUUAUGUAUAGUUUAAUAAAUGAUACAAAAAACAAGGGAACUAGCUGGUAACUGGAUUGGCUGGCUAUAUGGAUACUUAGGGCAGCUUGCUAUUGGAUAAGUAUGCUGAAGGAUGUAUAAAAGCCUGUGUAACUUCCUGCUCUGGGUGCAGGAUUUGAGAUUCUAUUCUCCCUGGACCUUGUUUGCAGCUGCAAAUAAACUUUUCUGCUUCUC